AUGACGUCUACCUUCAAGGCAGGUCAUUUCCAGACUGUGGACUUCUCAAUUGCGGAUCAAGUCGUCAUCCAGGAUCAACUGUACGGCAGCCACACCGUUUCAGAGCCGGUACUAGUGGAGCUUCUCCGGUCUCCCGCGCUCACGCGCCUCGCCGGAGUUCACCAACACGGAAUAUCGGGUCUGCUAAACUUGACGCCAAGGGUCACUCGAUUUGAGCAUUCUGUCGGCGCUUUCCUUCUGGUGCGAUAUGUCGGCGCCGGUUUAGAUGAGCAGGUCGCCGCACUGCUUCACGACGUUAGCCAUACCACCAUGUCCCACGUCGUGGAUUUCGCGCUGUGCAAGCCAGGAGAAGGCAGCUUCCACGAGCAGCACAAGGACCGAUACGUGAAAACGACACAGAUACCGGACAUCCUCGCCAGACACGGCUUUGGGGAUCUGAAACCUUUGGACGAGGAACUGUAUCCGCUCGUGGAAAUGCCCGCACCCCACCUCUGUGCCGACAGGCUCGACUAUGGAUUACGCGAUUGCGUUGGUUUGGGCAAGAUGUCUUUUGAAGAUAGUCGGCGCAUUCUGGAGUCUCUCAAAGCUUUCCCUAGUGCCACCUCCCCAGAUCGCUUUCUUGUGCUUCAAGACGCACAACUAGCAUUGAUCCUAGCGCGGUCGUAUCAGACAUGUGACCGAGAUGUGUGGGGAAACCCGUCUCAUGGGGACUUGUACAUACGCACGGCGAAACUGAUGGCGUCGCUCAUUCGCAGCCGAAGGGUGGAGGAGGAGGAGCUAUGGACCCUGUCCGACGAAGCAUUUUGGGCCAAAAUGCGUCAAGCUGCCAAUGCUCAGGAGCAGGAUGCUAUGGAUCGGUUGGAGUCCGAGGGUCUUCCGGAUGGGAAGGGCUUGCUGAUUCCAAAGGGCGCAAAGAUUCGAACGCUGGACCCUGAUGUGUGCUCGUCCGCUUCUGACAAGGCCACACCUCUGUCUGUCCUGCUCCCUGAGUACGCGACCGAGAAACAGGAAUACAUUCGGGCCCGCCAAGCGAUCUAUGCGCAGAAUUAG